AUCUCCGACAACACGAGCUUUGGCCAAGAAUUUGCGACGUUGCCAUCGGGGUCUGUUAACGCGAAUAGCUUGGAGCAAAAGAAAUGAGCGCUGGUUAGGUAUAUGAGACUGGUACAAUCGUACUGAACCGAGUUGCUGAACUGUAGACCUGGGCAAAAGCAACAAGCUGGCAAUAUUGCAACAAUCCGAGCUGCUGUCUGACUUAAGUACGAACAUGGGAGAAAUGCCACCAUCACAACGUACUGUUCGAAUUGGUGUUGAUGUUGGAGGAACAAACACGGAUGCCGUCGCAAUCGAUUUAAGCCUCCAAAAUACUGCAGAACGCGGGGUUCUAGCGCAUUUCAAAACUCCCACGACCCCCGAUGCAAGCGCAGGCAUCGAGACCGCCGUUAGCACUGUCCUCGCCGCCGCCAGCUUGACAGACUCGCCGGAACGUAUCGCAAGUGUGACCAUCGGAACAACACACUUUAUUAAUGCAGUCAUCGAGCGUGAUGUCCGUCGCCUGCAGCGCGUGGGUGUCCUCCGACUUAGCAAAUCCUUCUUGCGUGAGGUGCCCGCUUUCGCCGAGUUCCCUCCGGACCUAGCAGCCGUGAUCCAGUCUUACGUGGGCAUCGUCGACGGCGGAUUACACAUUGAUGGCUCACAAGAGGCGCCGGUGGUGGAAUCUCAGGUCGUUGCCGAGUGCGUCAAGAUCCGCGAGAGUGGUGUCGGCGCCGUUGUGGUAUCUGGUGUUUACUCACCUAUAGACGAAGUCUUUGGGCAGGAGGAAAAGGUUCGCGACAUCAUUCUCCGUGAAGUCCCUGGCGUAGACGUUGUUUGCAGCAAGGAAGCUAGUGCGAGCAUUGGCUUCAUUGAGCGAGAGAAUGCUGCCAUCCUGAACGGCGCUAUCCUGCGCUAUGCAAGGAAGACUGUGAGUAGGUUUCGUCUUGCAAUGAAGAGACUCAACCUAUCUUGCCCUCUUUUCUUGACGCAAAACGAUGGCACCAUCCUCGACGCGGCGUCUGCGGCCAAGAUCCCAAUUCGGACGUUCUCGAGCGGUCCAACGAACUCGAUGCGCGGCGCGGCAUACCUCGCGGGUCUAGACACUGGCGGUGACAGCUCUGCUAUCGUGGUCGACAUUGGCGGGACUACAUCUGACGUUGGCGUUCUGCUUCCGUCAGGUAUGCCGCGACAAGCAUCAGCAUACGUUACCGUGGCCGGAGUAAGAGUCAACUACUCGAUGCCUCAUCUUCACUCCAUCGGUCUCGGAGGAGGUUCCAUCGUCAGAAACGUAGAUGGCAAAGUCAAAGUUGGCCCAGAGUCUGUCGGACUCGAGCUGACCACACGCGCACUUGUCUUUGGCGGAGAUGUUUGCACGACGACGGACAUCGCAGUCGCAGCUGGCAAAGCAGUCGUGGGCACAACUGAGCACGCCAACAGCCUAGAUUCUACCUUCGUAGAAGAGGCAAUUCUCCGCAUCAAAGCACUGCUGGAGGGUGCUGUUGAUGUUAUCAAGACUUCGCCCGACCCCGUCCCGGUACUCCUCGUCGGCGGAGGUGCCAUUUUAUCACCGGAAAGCCUGAAAGGUGCCUCCAAGCUCGUCCGACCGCCCUUCCACGAUGUUGCCAACGCUGUCGGGGCUGCCAUUGCACGAGUAUGUGGCGCUGUUGACAUCGUGCAGGGAACAACUCACCAGACAGAAGGGCAAGCCAUCGAGAAUGCGAAGAGGAUGGCCGUCGAGCGCGCUAUUGCUGCUGGUGCGAUCCCGGAAAGCAUCAAGAUUGCCGAAAUCGAGACGAUGCCGCUACAAUACGUCGCCAACCAGAUCCGAACACUUGUCAAAGCAGUUGGCGACAUUGACCUCCAUGCCAAGUUGGAAGUGGUAGUCGAGGACGCAGGAGAAGAGGACGGCGAGGAGCAGGUUGAAGCGACCAAAGACUUGACCCGGGCUACCGUGGAAGAAGAAAAGAUCGACCCAGCCAAGUACAAGCCGACCGUGACUCGGAAUGCGAGCGGUGUUUCGGAAUGGCAUAUCACUGAAACUGACUUGGAGUAUCUUGCCGAUGGCUGCUACGUGCUGGGAUGUGCAGGUGGUGGGAGCCCGGCCGCGUCAAAGAUCCAGCUUCGGAACAUGCUCAGAGCCGGAUACAAGAUGCGUGUCAUUGAGCCAUCCUCGCUGAAGGAUUCAGAUGUCAUCUACUGGGGGGGCCACAUGGGCUCGCCUGCUGUCUCCAUCGAACGACUGCAGUCAAUCGAGACGGUAGAUGCGUUUAAAGGCUUGAUGGAGUACCUUCGCCAUGACAAGUUCGACGCUGUGAUGGGUCUCGAAAUUGGUGGUGCCAACGGCCUCGAACCUUUCCUCGUUGGCUCGUCCCGAUUCUAUGAUAGCCCAAUCAUUGACGGCGACUGGAUGGGCAGAGCGUACCCGACGUACUGGCAAACCACAUUGGCCGUACAUGCCCCGUUGGAGUUGGUACCGUGUGCCAUCGACUCAGGUGACGGCAAAACAAUCGUCAUGACCAGAGCGCCCAACGACGAAAUUGUUGACCGUGCUCUUCGCGCCUCCUGCUCUGAGAUGGGCUCGCGUGUAGGCAUGGCAGCCAAGCCGACGACAAGCGAUAAGGUUAAGAAAUUCGGUGUUCUGAAUACCGUCUCUCUCGCAUGGCGGAUCGGGCGCUGUAUUGCGCUCUGCCAAGCGACCAACACCAUGAGCACGAUCGCCGAGUCCAUCAUCAAGGAAGCCGGUGGUCUUGAGGCUGCCAAGGUCUUGUUCAGGGGCAAGAUUAUGAAGGUUGAGAGGCGCCUUUUCAAGGGCCAUUCUUACGGUGAGGUGCAUAUCGCCGCCUUUGAGAGCGGCGAUGACGACGAAGCUGCGAACAACAAGGAGAGGGUUGCUGCCGUCGCGCAAGGGGGCACGAUGAAGAUCCCUUUCAAGAACGAGAAUAUCCUGGCAGAGCACACUGAUGAGGGCGACAAAACUAGCAUAGUGGCUGCUGUGCCAGAUCUGAUCUUAAUCUUGGACAACGAGUCGGGCCGGGCUCUCGGAGUGCCUGAGUUCAAGUACGGGUACAGAGUCACCGUGAUUGGUAUUACUUGCUCGCCGCGAUGGACCGAGACUCAAGCUGGUCUAGACAUUGGUGGACCGAAAGCGUUUGGGUACGACAUCGACUACAAACCGCUAGGGAAAUAUGUAGAGCCUCGAAGUGUCCUGGAAGAGUACUCCGAUUAGGUUCAGAACAGAUGAUAGGCAUUGGAAAUUUCGGGACCGUCUUUAGC